AUGUCUGCCCUGCCAGCAAACCUCGGCCUGCCAGACCGCGAGGCCAUUACGGACGCCCUCUACCGCAGCAUUGUCGGCCUCGAUGCCAAUGACAAAGCCAUCUAUGAAUCGGCUUGGCACAAAGACGCCACCUUCAUCUAUGAGUUCACCGAGACGUCUACUGUGGAGGGCCUCGACACCAUCUUGGCAACCACCUUCCAGUUCAUUGGCGCCGGCCUCGACACCACGCACAUGGUGAGCAAUGUGCGUCUCAGUGCCAAAGAGGGCGCCAGCACGGCUGCAGUGACCUGUCACGCUCUGGCUCAGCACAACCGCAAGGGAGAAGGGCUGAACCCGACAGCGACUCGAUUCCUCACUGGCAGCAUGUAUUGGGUGGACCUGGCCAGGGAUGCAGGUGAUGGGCUUUGGAAGAUAACCAAGUUCCACCUCAAGGUUGUUUGGUGCGAAGGCGACGCGUCCAUCAUGGGGCAGUAG